AUGGACGGAGCCUCUCAAACAGCCGACGAGGACCCCACCAAAGCAUCGUCAGGAACGAACACAGACCCCGGAGGCGUUUUGGAGUCGGAUGCGAGUGUGCCUGGUGCAACAGAACACCAAGGCCACGCCGUCGCUUCUGUACUGUCAGAAGCUGAUUUACCUGGCCUCCGGUCCCAUUCAGGCCGUAGCAUUGCUGCAGAGGAUGUGAAAGAAGUCAUCGGCCUCCUUGACAAGGCGGGAGUGCCCGCCUGCGUGGCAGGCGUCUAUGCUCUCCGCUACUACGGCGCCGGCCGAAUCUCAAAUGAAUGGGACAUCUGUGUGCCAGAUGAGAAGCUUGAUGAUGCCACAGUCAUAUUCGAGAACGAUGCUCGAUUUGAACGGGCGACACCGGCCCCGCUGUUGCUUGAAUCCCUCCGCCAUACCCGGCCAACGUUCGUGUUGAAGGGGGUAGACUUCGUCUUCAUCCUAGUUCCAGCAUCGGACUACUUUAUCGACCCGAGCCCCGAUUGUUGUGAGCUGAGCAACAAAGGUAUCCCUUAUCCCAAGAUGCCUCAAUUCGCUCGUUCGCUGCUCGUGUUGCAAAACACUAGCGAUCUAUGCGACUUCAUCGAUGGGAUGGACUUGGACAGGACGUGGGGAGAAUCCAAUGUUGACUUCGACGACUUGCAACUCAAGGGCCUCGAGUUCACCAGGGAGCGAAAUGCCGAGUUCGAGAAACUUGAUCUUGGAAAGUUCAAGCUAGAUGUCGACUACAGAAGCAUGUGGAACCGUAUAGUUGACGAGAAGGAGAAGCGCAUAGAGCCGAUGAAAAAAGGCCGCUACAAGACUCGGUGGAGACGGGUCAAGAAUGACAUGGACCCAAGGCUGAAGGAAAGACCUAUAUAG